AGAGAAAUUACAAUGGAAACAGAAGAAGAAGAAGACAAAGAAAAAGCUGUUUUAUAGCUUUGAUAUAUAAUGGGUGAGUGGGCAUUACAAAAAAAUAUAUAUCAAAGAAAAAUAUCAAUAGGCAGACAUAAAUGGGGAGGGACAGACUUAAAAAUGAAAGAAGUGAAGCUUGGUUUGAUUCACACAAUGACCAGGGCCAAUAGGAUAAACCCUCCCAGUCUUGAGGAGGGAAGGGGGUGGUGGGGAAUCAAACUAAGGCAGGCUUUACAGUGAGUCAAACACUCAAAGACUGACUACAGACAGUCUCUGCAGCACUAAGAUAUGGGCUUACUGUGACUGAAACCUGGAGCUUCUCUCUUGAACCUGAACGACAGAAAAGACUAAAAAAGGAAACUUAGAUUGAGAGCAAAGUAGGAAAGAGAUACAACAGAUACUUGUCUGGGAAGAUGGAAAACUGACCGCGUCCAAGACUUUGAAUCUUCAGUGUGGGGGGAAAAAGAGGAGUAAGGACAAGCCUGAGGAUACUACAGAUUAUGUUGCCAUGGAAACCAAAACCUGGAAGCGGACGCAAGGACCACUGAAGGUGGACAACCUCCCUUGACUGCAUCCUCAACACGUUACUGUCCCGCUGCGCACUGUGGUGAGAGAAUGCUGUGGAGAAUAACUAUCCCGGUCAUACUGGCUGGGGUGCUCUGCAUCACCGCAGAGACCAAAAAGCCCCGUCCACAAGGAGCCAUCCCAUCCCCACACAAGACCAAAGGGAACCUGUCCUCAGAACGUCACCAUCGGCUAUUGCAGCAGAAACCAGAGGUGCUUUCCUCCAGCCGGGAGGCCUUGGUGGUGACAGAGCGCCGCUACCUCCGCAGAGACUGGUGCAAGACCCAACCACUCCGUCAGACAAUCAGCGAGGAGGGCUGCCGCAGCCGUACUGUGGUCAACCGCUUUUGCUACGGCCAGUGUAACUCCUUCUACAUCCCUCGCCAUAUGGGUCCCAGCUCGGGUCAGAGCCAAAAUCGAGGCCAAGCCUCAGGCUCUGGAAGGAAAAGCCACAACAAGGCCCAGGAGCCGUUCCAGUCCUGCUCCUUCUGCAGGCCCCACCGCAUCACGCAGCUCACAGUGCAGCUGGACUGCCCAGACCUGCAGCCCCCUUUCAGACACCGUAAGGUGCAGAGGGUCAAACAGUGUCGCUGCAUGUCUGUGGAUGUGGGCGGCCACGGGAAACUGUGAAGGACAUAAGACGUCUUUGAACUGACAUUAUUACAUAUUGUCAAAGGCAGACUUUGCAGAACAAGGACAGGCACCAAGUUGAACUAUUCUGCAUCGCGUUGUACAAAUAAUGGCCUGUCCCAAGAUAAAAAUGACAUGAAACAUGAAACUGGUAUUAUUAAACAAAGGCAAAGUGAUGCUGUUGAAAGACUGAUUUAAGUGGCUGUGUGAGAGACACUUAUAAUGAAACAGCCAUUGUUCAACAUUAAACAAGUUUUUCCUGUGUGUUAUUUGAAAAGAAUCAUAUUUACCUGGCUAUUUGUACAUUUGUCACUGUGCCUCGGAGUUUUCAAACCACAAAACAUGGACACUACUGAUAAGUCAGUGUGUGUUUAAUAAACUGUAGAAAUAGUGAGACCUCUUUAAAGUGUUUCUGUAAUAUGACGUUUUGGAUCUAGAGCAAUUACACAGUUUGCCAGCAAUGUGUUUACCUGUACGAGAAUGUUGACAUGUGUUACAAGGAUUGUAUCUGUUAUCCUGUGUCUUUUCCUUAACAUUUAAGAUGCCCCAAAUGAUACACGAAUUAAUGUCAAGGAAAAGAUUUCAAGAAACAUGAAGCAACGCAGCCAUGACCAGUGGCAUCCACCCGCUUGGACACAAGCCUGGCUGUACAGUGUACAUUUGCCACAAAUAUACUAGCCAGUAGGUAAAACAUACUGCAGCAUGUGUAAUGGAGGUGCAAUGCAAUUAUAUACAAUAUCUAUAUUUUAUGUAUGUGUGUAUGUAUGUAUGUGAAAAGUAUAUUAAAUCUAUUUCAUAUAAAACA